GAGCGCGGCUCGUCCAAUCACAGGGCGGUACGCAGAGCCCGCACGGAGCGCGGCCGGCGGCGGAACCGGGCCGGGACCGACCGGGCGCUGCCAUGGCCGCGGGCUGGCAGGACGUGCUGCGGGACGCGGCGGCCGUGCGGGAGGCGGCGGCGGUGGCGGUGGACGCGGCGCUGCUGGCGGGGGUGCUGAUGCGGACCGGGGAGCAGCCGCACGCCUCGGAUGUGGUGAACUACGCGCCCUUCACGCUGCUCCCCUCCGCAGUGCCACGGGCCUUGUUUGAGCAAGCCUAUGCUGUCCAGCAGGAUUUUAACCUGCUGGUGGAUGCCAUCAGUCAAAACAAAGAAUUCCUGCAGCAAACUCUGGCCAGCACCAUCAAGGUAGAUGACUUCACAGCUCGACUCUUCAGAAUCUACAUGCAGGUUUUGGAGGAAGGCUUGGCUCAGACUGUGUUUUUGGGCAUCAACCGCUCGGAUUACAUGUUUGACUGUGGGCUGGAUGGCAGAGCAGCUCUGAGGCAGAUAGAAAUAAACACCAUUGCUGCCAGCUUCGGGGGGCUCACCUCCCGCACCGCCGACGUGCACAGGUUGGUGUUGAAAGUGCUGGGAAAGACUGAGGAGGCAUCACAGCUGCUGCCCAACAAUCCAGCAAAGGGGCUGGCCUUGGGAAUUGCCAAAGCCUGGCAGCUCUACGGGUCCCAGAGGGCUGUGGUGAUGUUUCUGGUGGAGGAAGUCCAGAGGAAUAUUUUUGAUCAGCGUUGUGUAGAAAAUGAGCUUUGGAACAGGAAUAUCCGUGUGGUCAGGAAGCGCUUCCGGGAUGUGUUUGAGCAGGGCUCUCUGGAUGCCAGCAGGAGGCUGUACAUGGAUGGCCAGGAGGUCGCAGUGGUGUAUUACAGAGAGGGCUACGUGCCCCAGGUCUACGACCAGCAGAACUGGGAGGCGCGGCUGCUGCUGGAGAGGUCGCGGGCAGUGAAGUGCCCUGACAUUGCCACGCAGCUGGCAGGCACCAAGAAGGUGCAGCAGGAGCUCAGCAGGCCAGGCAUGCUGGAGAAGCUGCUGCCAGGCCACCCCGAGGCCAUCGCUCGGAUCAGAGCCACCUUCGCAGGACUCUACUCCCUGGACGAGGGUGAAGAGGGUGACAGAAUAGCUGCCACAGCCAUCGCUGACCCUGACCGCUUCGUGCUGAAACCUCAGCGAGAAGGAGGAGGGAACAACCUCUAUGGUGAAGAACUCAAGGAGGUUCUGGAGAAGAUCAAAGACAGCCCUGAGAGAACCUCCUACAUCUUGAUGGAUAAGAUCAGACCCCAGCCAGCACUGAAUUACUUGCUGAGGGCUCACAGCCCCCUCCAAGUGUCCGAGUGCAUCUCUGAGCUCGGGAUCUUCGGUGUCUAUGUCAGGCAGGGCCAGGAGCUGGUGCUGAACGAGGCCGCGGGGCACCUGCUGCGCACCAAGGCCGUGCAGCACGCGGACGGCGGCGUGGCAGCCGGGGUGGCCGUGCUGGACACGCCCUUCCUGCUGUGAGGAGCCGUGCCCCACCCUCCUCUCUGCUGCCUGAAGAGCUGAUCUGCCCCAGGGAUGUCUCCUUACAGUGUGCUUGCCAAGGUCCAACGUGCUGGAGGCUGUGUGAUGCAGCUGCUCAAAGGUCCUGGGUGCCAGCCCCAGCUGCUUCUGGUGAUUCCCUCUCCAGGAAGGAGGAUUCCCUUGCUCUGCCUGCUCUCAGGGGGCUCUGCCCACGGCACAGCCCAGCUGUGCCUCCCAGGACUGCAGGGUGCUGGAUGUUCCCUUGGGGCCUGGCCUGGGGGCAGAGGGACGUAGAGCAAAGGGUCAAUGUGCCACAACAGGCCUUUGUGCUGCUCCCACUUCUGAGCUCCUUAAUGCUGCAUGAUUUCUGGAGACACACACAGCCUAAGGAAUGAGAGGAGAAAAGUGGAUGGGCAAGUAUCAGCCUUUAUCUUCAUCCAGUGCCUCAGUGCUCUCCAGCUUAAAGAGAGCUCCAUUCAGCCCCUCCAGCCCUCCUUCCUGUGCUGCUGUUGCUGUCCUGAUUUCUAUUUUCCCCUGUGCCUGAGGAUCCCCAGGGUUCCUGCACCAGGCACAGCUGCCCUGGGUUCUUUGCCCAAGGGCCUCUUGCUUACUUUUGCUUUGCCCAUCUCCUGUUUUAUUGGACUGGGUGCUCGUCCCAAACAGUGCCUCUGUGCCACACAGGGCAGGCAGCAGUGCAGGGUCCAGGGCAGGCUCCCACUGCCUCCUGCAGCCUGUCCAACAGAUCUCCAGAGGCUGGUGUAAGAACCCCUCAGAGAUGGAGGCAGCUCCCAAGGCAGCAGUGAACUGGAGCCUUGUGUUGAUAAAUCCCAAAUCACCCUGGGUUUGUGCCAGUGCAUCCCACUGCAAAUCAAACACUGAGCAUUGUCCUGUCAGGGAGCCCAGCCUUGAGAAUGGUCCUGCUGAGAGUGGGAGCUCUGUGUGAGGAAGCAAAGGAAUUGCAGGGGAGGCUGGGCAGCACAGCUCCAGCUCCAAGCACCUUACUCUGGGACCAGCACCAUUGCAGGGGGAGACGUGGCUCUCUCCAGCUUUUAUGGAUCAAUGGGAACAGCAGGGGAGGAGUGUGGGCUCUCCUGCUCAAGGUCUUCUGCCUCUUCCCCACCCUCCCUUUCCUCCUCAGCCCUAAAAGCUGCACCUUUCUGGCAGUGAAGAGCCCAGGCAGCCUCAGCCCAGCCCUGUCAGUUACACAGAAGAAUUCUUCACAGAGGCAGAAUUCCUGAAGAAUGGAUGUGCUGAGUGGCAGAACCAGCACAAAAGCAGAAUUCCUGCAGAAUGGGUGUGUGACACCCGUGGCUGAGUGACAGCCCUGCUGGCUCUUUGCUGCUGUGGCAUCAAUCACCAAGUGGUCACCUGGGAAACUGCUCCAUUCUUCAAGUGUGACUGAAACUGGGAUUCCUGGGUGUUUUGCUGGGGGAUUGAUUACCCCAAGCCAGAGAUUAAAAGGAAUGUGCAAUCUGA